AAAAAAAGCAUGAUUGAUUCUAGAAUCACUAAAUUUUUCGGAAAACAGUGGCGCGUUAACAUCUGUGAAGCUAUGCUUUCCGACUAUCAGGAUGUCAUGAGUAGUAAUAAUAAUACCUUAUUGGCGAUGAGUCUUAGAAACCCAAUUGCUUGAAAUCGCGCUGGUACAAUUUUACUUAGGGAUGUAGUUCAAUAGUCAAUCUGAUAAGCCGUGGAAGUGAUAACCCUGCGGGGUUGGCAGACGCGAUAAUUCGACUCAUUGUACAUUCCUGACCAAUACGGCAUAAAACUUGUUGCGUAUUUUAUUGCUACUCACGGGAUAACGGGCAGAACCAACAACAGGAUCAGCCCACGAUUUAACCAGGUUGUUCUCUUGUAACUAAUUUACAAAAAAACAAGUUGUCUAUUUGGACAUUAGACGAAGUUGAUAGUCAACCAUGCAAAUUAAAAAGCGAACUUCACGGAAGUAAUGUAUAAAUAUAUAAUAUUUUGAUAAUGCGUAUUUUAUUUGUACCACUUUCUAUCUCGGCUCUACUUAUGAUAAGUGUAUGAUUCACUAGUUCUAUUAAAAAUAUGUAUUGCUUGAAAUAUACAAAGGAAGAGUAGAGUUUUGUGGGGAUUAUACGAAUAUAUGAUGCAUCGUAAUUACACAAUUGUAUACGAACAAAGUUAUAAUAUACAACGCUACAAAUUGUGCGCGUGUACAAAAAUAUGAAAGUAUGUGCUGUAUAUCAACAAAAGUUGGAACAAAUAUAUAUAAACAUACACACAUAUAUAAAUUGGGUAUUCUACGCUAUAAUCACACUUUUCGCGACACAUUCUUCAGUGUCGAUUGAGAUUGCCUGCAAAUACGGUGUUAAUAAAGUAAUUAAUCAGCGACAAAAUGGGUUUGACAAAAUGCUGUAUUUUAAUUUUGUGCUUUGCGGGGAUCUUACCCCAGUCUAUUAAUAUUUCCAAUCGCAGUGAGAAUGAGACUCAACCCUUCAUAGAGAUCGGUAGUAAAUAUUACUUAAUAAAUACUGCUACUACGAUGAAUUGGUUCGGUGCGGUGCUUUUUUGUCGCAACUAUGAUAGUGAUUUAGCCGUAAUUGAAUCGCUAGCUGAGAUGAAUGCAUUGAGUUUUUAUUUAACCACGAAUGAAGGUCAUAUUGGUAAAAAUUUUUGGCUGGGUCUGACCGAUUUGGCCGAUGAGGGUAAAUUUAUGUCACUAAAAGACGGACGUCCAAUGCUCUAUGCUAAAUGGGCAGGCGGUCAACCAGACAAUGCUGGUCAAAAUGAGGAUUGUGUACAUCUUUGGGCUUUUGAAAAUAUAUUCUAUAUGAAUGAUAACAAUUGCAUUGCUCAGCAUUAUGCCAUCUGUGAGUUGCGGCAGCCGAAGAAGACUUGUGACGUGUGUGAUUUGAAAAAUUUUAUGGAAAGAUUCAUGCAACAUACAAAUAUUCCAAAUUGUCGAAAUUAGUCAGGUGGAAGUGCCAGUUUUAUUAAUAAAAUCGUUGUUUCAUAACAAUACCUUCUUUUAAA